AUGCCGGCCAGUGGCCUUGUCGCCAUAUUGCUUAUCACUCGUACUCGUCCGGGACCACGUCUGGUCUUCCAUUGCCCCCAAGAACCAGACUAUGCCCCGCAGCGUCGUGGCUGCACGGUGGGCUCUGACACUGACACUGACACUGACACCGACAGCGACGAGGACGAGCAUGAGGAUGGAGAGCAGCCCUCUGGCGUGUUCGUCCCUGUAGUUGUUCCCGAUGAAGCUAGACAGAACCUCGACGGAGGUGCUGCACGAAAGGGGCAGACGCUGUUCGGUCGUUCUGUCGAGAGUCUCGAGAAAGUGCUGUCUCCUGGCCGUUGGAGCGACGGCAAGAAAUUCGAGAUCAACCUAGACGGCUUGGUCUUUGUUGGUCACCCGGUCUAUGCGCACGAGAACGGCGACUGGUCGUCCGAGAUUGCCAGGUCCGCCAGCAAAGAUGGCACAGAUAUGGUCGGCCUGGAUCUGGACAGCAUUGCUACAACGACUUCGCCGAAACUUUCAGGCAAACGACGUGAGACAUUGGCGGACAGCUUUGGAUCAACGGCCGACCCUGGCUUUGGCACGUCCAUGCAGACGGCCUCGUCGACAGGCUCGGAUCCGAACGCAGAUGGCAGCAUGGCAAUGUUCCACGUGGUAUUUGUGCUUCGUGGAAGUAGCCCGCAAUCACAAGCGCAAGUCCGCGCAGCUUAUCACGAGGUGGUUGAGAGGCUGAACCGAGCCCUACAUUACUGCCAAAAGGUGUCAAACUAUGUGACGGAACAGAAACUGUCGGUGUUAGGAAUGAAGGCGAGGCAAGCUGACGCGAGGUCCUGGUUGGAGUUGGUCAAAAGUAGUGAGCUGGCUCGGGCCCUGAACGAGACUUUUGAUCGUAUCGUCCAAGGCGAGGCAGCAGUUGUCCAACUGGAUGGCAUAGAGUUGUCCUUAUGCAUGCGCGACACCAAGAACCAAGAGACGCGUGCAACGAGAUUGGAUCCUCUGUCUGCUAUCUUGCUUCUUGACAGCAAGGAAGAUCUUCUCCGCGAGUUAUCGCAUCCUGACGCCUCUCCCCUGGCAACAUUCAUUCGGGAAUAUACGCCAACAAAGAAUUUGCAAAAGAAUGCCGCCUAUAUCGGCAUGCCUAUUGACGAUAUUCUUUAUCUUGCAUCACAUCUGAUAACGUGGCGAAAAGCGAAGGUGAUUUCACCUCUACACCAGCGUAACACAUAUGUCGUGGCCCGUACGGCGCCCAUCAACGAUAUUCAGAAACACAUCAGCGAGUACCAUAGGCAGUUCCCGACUCUACCGACCUUGCUUAACAUGCUCAAAGUUUUGAGUGGGAAGCCAAUAAGGUAUGGGCUGUUGAUUCCCAGCAGAGACCAUCGAAAUGCAUACAUGGAGAUCCUGUCAUAUCUCGUUCGCCAUCACUUCGUCGUCCAAUUGAGAACUUUUGGCUGGCUCAGACUGCCGAUAGCUCUUCUUGAUCAGCCAACACUCAGGAGCAGCGAAACAUCAGAGCGACCGCAGCCUGCUCGAGACAAUCUCUUAAUGCCGCGAACGGGACCUGCUGAAUAUGAAGUUGUCGGAUCUCGCUCCGAACGAAUGACUGCAGCACAGCUCAGCAAGCUCACUCGGAGAACUAGCCUCGGGUCUCAGGCCUCAGAGAUUGGAAACAACAGCGAGAAAGACGACGUUCAUGUAUUAAUUACGAAUCCUCAUGAGCCUGACGAACAGCAGAAGAUGCUCAUUCAUGCACUGAGAAGCUCGUUACGAGAUCCAGAUAUGCAAGAACUCUUCCCACGGCUGGUCUUGCACCUAGACGGCCAGAACCCUCUUGAAGCGAUCGCUGCGCGUGAGGGUUGGCGUAGGGCCUGCGUGGAAGAUGCGCUUGCGGAGAUCGAUAAGUAUCUGGUGACGUUUCGCCACGUGGUCUAGGAGAACAGUAUACUGCACAACUGACAUCGCGCAUACUGUACUUUACGCUUCGCGUAUGGGCGCGGUCGUGUGCUCAGUAGAAUCGGCCCGCCCGCAAAUAUGAUGCAGGUCUUACCUACCAGGAGGAGCCCGUUAGCCAUGCUUGUAUUAUACUUUGGCUUCGCAAGCUGGCGUGUGGGUAACAUUGCUUAAUUGCCCGUGCA